CGCGGUGGCGGCGGCUGUGUGUGCGCCGCGCCUCGCCGCUCCCCCCGGCCCCGCGAGCCCGGGGCGCGCGCUCUCGCCCGGGCCGCCCGGGCCCCGCGGAGCCGCGGCCCGAGGCCCCGGGAAGCGCAGCCAUGGCCCUGCGGAGGCUGGGGGCCGCGCUGCUGCUGCUGCCGCUGCUCGCCGCCGUGGAAGAAACACUGAUGGACUCAACCACAGCAACAGCAGAGCUCGGCUGGACCGUGCAUCCUCCAUCAGGGUGGGAAGAGGUGAGUGGCUACGACGAGAACAUGAACACGAUCCGCACGUACCAGGUAUGCAAUGUGUUUGAAUCGAGCCAGAACAACUGGCUACGGACCAAGUUCAUCCGGCGCCGCGGCGCCCACCGCAUCCACGUGGAGAUGAAGUUCUCGGUGCGCGACUGCAGCAGCAUCCCCAGCGUGCCCGGCUCCUGCAAGGAGACCUUCAACCUCUACUACUACGAGGCUGACUCCGACGUGGCCACCAAGACCUUCCCCAACUGGAUGGAGAACCCGUGGGUGAAGGUGGACACCAUCGCCGCGGACGAGAGCUUCUCCCAGGUGGACCUGGGUGGCCGGGUCAUGAAGAUCAACACGGAGGUGAGGAGCUUUGGGCCCGUGUCCCGCAGCGGCUUCUACCUGGCCUUCCAGGACUACGGCGGCUGCAUGUCCCUCAUCGCCGUGCGCGUCUUCUACCGCAAGUGCCCCCGCGUCAUCCAGAACGGCGCCGUCUUCCAGGAGACCUUGUCGGGGGCUGAGAGCACGUCGCUGGUGGCCGCGCGGGGCAGCUGCAUCGCCAACGCCGAGGAGGUGGACGUGCCCAUCAAGCUGUACUGUAACGGGGACGGCGAGUGGCUGGUACCCAUCGGGCGCUGCAUGUGCAAAGCGGGCUUCGAGGCUGUGGAGAACGGCACCGUCUGCCGAGCUUGCCCGUCUGGAACCUUCAAGGCUAACCAAGGGGACGAGGCCUGCACCCACUGUCCCAUCAACAGCCGGACCACUUCAGAAGGGGCCACCAACUGCGUCUGCCGCAAUGGCUACUACCGAGCAGACCUGGACCCGCUGGACAUGCCCUGCACAACCAUCCCCUCUGCACCCCAGGCCGUGAUCUCCAGCGUCAACGAGACCUCGCUCAUGCUGGAGUGGACCCCGCCCCGGGACGCGGGGGGCCGCGAGGAUCUCGUGUACAACAUCAUCUGCAAGAGCUGCGGCUCCGGCCGGGGCGCCUGCACCCGCUGCGGGGACAACGUGCAGUACGCGCCCCGCCAGCUGGGCCUCACGGAGCCCCGCGUCUACAUCAGCGACCUGCUGGCCCACACCCAGUACACCUUCGAGAUCCAGGCCGUGAACGGCGUCACCGACCAGAGCCCCUUCUCGCCGCAGUUCGCCUCCGUGAACAUCACCACCAACCAGGCAGCUCCGUCGGCUGUGUCCAUCAUGCACCAGGUGAGCCGCACUGUGGACAGCAUCACCCUGUCGUGGUCCCAGCCCGACCAGCCCAACGGCGUCAUCCUAGACUAUGAGCUGCAGUACUAUGAGAAGGAGCUCAGUGAGCACAACGCCACAGCCAUAAAAAGCCCCACCAACACGGUCACGGUGCAGGGCCUCAAAGCCGGCGCCAUCUAUGUCUUCCAGGUGCGGGCACGCACCGUGGCGGGCUACGGGCGCUACAGCGGCAAGAUGUACUUCCAGACCAUGACAGAAGCCGAGUACCAGACAAGCAUCCAGGAGAAGCUGCCACUCAUCAUCGGCUCCUCGGCGGCUGCCCUGGUCUUCCUCAUUGCCGUGGUUGUCAUCGCCAUCGUGUGCAACAGAAGACGGGGGUUUGAGCGUGCCGACUCGGAGUACACGGACAAGCUGCAGCACUACACCAGCGGCCACAUGACCCCAGGCAUGAAGAUCUACAUCGACCCUUUCACCUACGAGGACCCCAAUGACGCCGUGCGGGAGUUUGCCAAGGAAAUUGACAUCUCCUGUGUCAAAAUCGAGCAGGUGAUCGGAGCAGGGGAGUUCGGCGAGGUGUGCAGUGGCCACCUGAAACUGCCAGGCAAGAGAGAGAUCUUCGUAGCCAUCAAGACGCUCAAGUCGGGCUACACCGAGAAGCAGCGCCGGGACUUCCUGAGCGAGGCCUCCAUCAUGGGCCAGUUCGACCACCCCAACGUCAUUCACCUGGAGGGUGUCGUCACCAAGAGCACGCCCGUGAUGAUCAUCACCGAGUUCAUGGAGAACGGCUCCCUGGACUCCUUCCUCCGGCAAAACGACGGGCAGUUCACAGUCAUCCAGCUGGUGGGCAUGCUGCGGGGCAUCGCGGCCGGCAUGAAGUACCUGGCGGACAUGAACUACGUCCACCGAGACCUGGCCGCCCGCAACAUCCUCGUCAACAGCAACCUGGUCUGCAAGGUGUCUGACUUCGGCCUCUCGCGCUUUCUGGAGGACGACACAUCAGACCCCACCUACACCAGCGCCCUGGGGGGGAAGAUCCCCAUCCGCUGGACGGCCCCAGAAGCCAUCCAGUACCGGAAGUUCACCUCGGCCAGCGACGUGUGGAGCUACGGCAUCGUCAUGUGGGAGGUGAUGUCCUACGGGGAGCGGCCCUACUGGGACAUGACCAACCAGGACGUGAUCAAUGCCAUAGAGCAGGACUACCGGCUACCACCGCCCAUGGACUGCCCAAGCGCCCUGCACCAGCUCAUGCUGGACUGCUGGCAGAAGGACCGCAACCACCGGCCCAAGUUUGGUCAGAUUGUCAACACGCUGGACAAGAUGAUCCGCAACCCCAACAGCCUCAAAGCCAUGGCGCCCCUCUCCUCCGGAAUCAACCUGCCGCUGCUGGACCGCACGGUCCCCGACUACACCAGCUUUAACACGGUGGACGAGUGGCUAGAGGCCAUCAAGAUGGGGCAGUACAAGGAGAGCUUCGCCAACGCCGGCUUCACCUCCUUCGAUGUUGUGUCUCAGAUGAUGAUGGAGGACAUUCUCCGGGUUGGAGUGACCUUGGCUGGCCACCAGAAAAAAAUCCUGAACAGUAUCCAGGUGAUGCGGGCACAGAUGAACCAGAUCCAGUCUGUGGAGGUUUGACGUUCAGCAACCCGGGCUCGCCGCUUCCUCCAGGCCCUGCCCCCUGCACCCCACACGCUGGCCCCCCCGGUUCUCUGUCCACUGACGGGCCAGCCGCCUGCCAGGAGGCCACGGCAACAGGAAGAACCAAGCAGCGCACCAGCCACCAGGCGUCACCGAGAACACGGGCAACUCAGAUGCUGGAAAAAAAUGGGAAAGGGGGGCAAAAGAAAACAGAUCCUGGGAGGGGGCGGGAAGUACAAGGAAUAUUUUUUAAAGAGGAUUCUCACAAGGAAAGGGAUCAUCGUUCUUGGGGGCAAACGAAAGGGCUUGGGAGAUCCGUGCGAUGUGUCCAGUCGGAGACCGGAAGCCGUUUCUCUCCCACUCCCUCUGGGAAGGCGACCUGGCCAGAGCCGAGACACACUUUCAGGAAAACAAAUGUGAAGGGAAGAGACCAGGGCCCCCCGGCCCUCCCACCCCCGGGGCUGCCCCUCCAGGUCUCGCCCGAUGGCCGCGUGCCCGGCAGACGGACGGACCGCCGCCAGGAGCCACUCUGGGAACACCCACCCCCGCUGCCGCUGGGCAAACAGAAGAAUCUUUCUGUCUUUGGAGACUAUUUCAGAAACUCCAAUGAAAGAGACUCGUUUCUCCUGUGGGCUCACGGGGCUGAAAAGGGACUCUUGUCUUCCUGGGUCACGGAGAACACAGGGACACCAGAAGGGUCGGCCCUCCCGAGGCUGGCUGGCUGCCCCCCGGGUCUGCAGUCCAGGUCUGCAGGUCCAGGUCCGCGGCACGCCGGCGGCUGCCCCCGACAGCCCCGCCCAGAGGGCUGACGCUGCAGUGACUGCCAUCAGCCGCAACUGCCACCGAGGAGGGUCGGUCCUGCGCCUGGGUUUGUUUACAGCGGUCUGUGGACGGGGGAUAGUUUGGUCAGGGGCAAAUUUGGUUUUGGGGGGGGGGGGUUUGUUUGUUGGGGUUUUUGUUUUUGUUUUUGUUUUUUUAAUGACAAUGAAGUGACACUUUGACAUUUCCUACCUUUUGAGGACUUGAUCCUUCUCCAGGAAGAAGGUGCUUUCUGCUUACUGACUUAGGCAAUACACCAAGGGCGAGAUUUUAUAUGCACAUUUCUGGAUUUUUAUAUGGUUUUCAUUGACACCCUUCCCUCCUCUCCCCGAAUAGAGUUCCCACCUGCUGCCAGGCCUCACCAAAGCCAACUGCCACAAGGCCAUCUGGGCCAUUCAUAGACUGAGAUUUGGCCAGAGGUGGGGGCCAAGGUGGAGCAGCCUCCCCUCCCCCCAGGACUGUUUUUGAAAGCAACAGAUUGAGCAGGAAGUACAGACUCUGAGGCUGCAGAGCCAGAAAUCUCCGCCCACUUGUCCACUCUCCUCCUGCCCCGGCGUAUCCAGUCCUCUCCAGGCAAGUAGGCCCCUCGGAGGUUCCUGAGUGCCCUCCAAUGGCCAGAGCCCAGUCUCACCUCGGGGUGCCUAAUCCAGGCUGCAGCGGAGGCCCGGCCCAGCUCAUUCACUGUGAUACCCCAGCCUCCAGAGCAUCACCCUCGGAGAUGUCCAGGCAUGCUCCUUUCCCCCCUGGGAGAAAGUGUGUGCUUGCUCUCCCGCCCCUCCCCUCCUCCAGACCUCGGCCCAGAUCGGAGAGGUCUGGGCCGUGGGGAAACCCACCCGCCAAGGGGUCUGGCCACAGUCUCCCUCCUGUGAGCGAACACAGGCACCUGAGUGGACCAAUCGGUUAGUGAGUUGAAUGGAAAUAAACACUUUAGCUAUAAAAUGA